GUCCCUGGUGGCGGUGAACUCCCUCCAGAUCCAGCAACUCCUCCAAAAUCCCGCUUGUUCGUUUUACAACCAGAGCACCACUCGGUCUUAGCAUCCUUCCGUCCGCUAACGAAUACAAGCUCUCUUUUUGCCCGAUUUGUGUGCAAGAAUUUGAGAUGCUACUUUUCGCAAACCCUUGUGAGCUGGCAGCCGUCAUACACCUUUCCAGUCCUUUCCCUUUGAACGCAUCACCACCCAGAGUCGAGACCAUCGACUGACAUUGUCUCCGUGAAAACCAGCUGCCAGCGAAACGCUUACACACCUCAGGUGGAAAGUGGGUCACCACACUCUGGCAAUUCACUCGGGAAAGGCUAUCUCCAUCCCAGUCUAGGCCUUGCUUUGUUCUCUAAACGUGCGUAGGAAGAAGAAGAGAAGCAGUGAAUGGAACUUGGUUUAUUCUCAUACCCAUGCGACCCAUGGCAAGGCUUUUUCCUAGCAGCAGCUUGAACGAGGCGAGCGAGGAAAGCGAGGAAAACUUGGGAUCCGAAUCACCGGUCCGGGGAAUUGAUCACAUAUGGUCCGUACCUGCCGGCAGAGCUUCACGGGACCAAUUCUCCACUGCGCCCAGCUGGCUCCUUUUCCCUGCAAAGACCAUUCCAACAUCCGCUUGGCGACAUCUCGGAAUUCAACUCCAAAGGCAUCAGGCUUCCAAGUCAAACAAACUCACACAUUCUCUGUCAAUCGGACACGCGUACACGGAACGAAAAUUCCCAAUGGAGGCACGUAAUCUGCCUUUACACUAUCUUGCACUUCACUCCAGAAGGCCUGAAAGCACGGAUCUACUGAUUGAUUUCAUGCCCUUCGCGCUCUUUUGCAUGGAGGAUAUCGGAACGUUUACCUUUACAGCGGCGCCGAAGACGUUCUGGAGUGGUAGAGACACUGCGGUGUUGAUGGACCAUCGCUUGUUCGUGUCCGUCUUAUUUCCGGCAGAAGUUUUCAGAAAGCCAUUAUCAGCGCAGCCCUAUUACGAUAAAAACCGGCGGCAAUCCUGCCGGAGAAGGCAAGAAAUAAUCUUUAUUUGCUACGAAUGGCGGCGGCAAAGAGGGGGAAGAGGAGCAAAAAGUAUCGCAGUUCGCUGUCGGCAAGCUCUGGUAGGUGGUGAAGAAGUCGUCGGGACUGGUAUCGAUCCGACAGAAAGAGCAUCUUCCUACUCGUGUUUGUUGCAAGUCCUCUUGCCGGUGGAGAUAGACAUAGCGCUUCAAGCAGCAGAGGUUGCGCUGUAUUCCGUUUGGUGGACUGUCUGACUGUGCCACGACUUCAUUCCUUCAAUCACCGUUGUCGCAAAUCCAUGCUUGGGAGCAAUCGGGAGCAGACAAAGCAACAAUGGGUCCAGGCAGUGUCUACGUCCAGGCCUCGUCCAAAGAGUUGAUACGAUUGGAGUUGACAGAGCCUCGCUGCGACGUUCGCACUUUUAAGAGAGUCCAAAACGUGCCCAUCGUCGGGAUUUUGACAGGAUAAAGGCGAAGCAGAAGAUGAAACAAAGAAAGCAGGCUGUG